AUGUUUACCGCAACCAAACUACAAGUCGCCACGUACCUUCUGGGUGUCUGUCCAUUCUCAAUAGCGUUUCUGGUUUUUCUGAACUCCUCUGUGUCUUUCGUCAUCACAGAUCUCGUUGGAAAGAGGGAUGGGGUCGGCAACGCAGUUGGAAGCUUGGGCUUCGCCGAUGAGCUGCUUGCACUUGUAGCAUGCCCUUUCUGGGGAUUGCUAUCGGACCGUAUGGGAUUACGUUUUGUCUGUGUAUCUGCCUAUCUCAUCAUUUGUCUGGCAUUGGUCCUGUUCGUUCAAGCAAAGAAUGUAUAUCCUCAGCUACUUCUUGCGAGGUUGUUUUUCAGCCUAGGUGGUGCCGCUGCUUCUACCAUGGUCACAGCUAUUAUUCCUGCUGUCACGUCUCCGCUCAGGGACACCUCCGUCGACCACCAUCACCAGACGAGGGCCGCCCAGGAUUUGGUUGCGAAUGGUCAUGUGUCGAGCCCCUCGAUCGAGUCAGAGGUGACGAUUACCCCCGAACUAUUCAUGUCCCGCUACUCACGACAUAAGGCUGAUCGAACUUUGCCCGCGGAGUCUCCUGAUAUCAUCAGAUCUACAAGUCAAGUCGCCGGGUUCGUUGGCAUGUUCACCGGCUGCGGUGCCUUGAUCGCAUUGACUGUAUUCCUGCCCAUUCCAGCGAAGUUCCAGUAUGCAGGUGUUGGAGAAAAGGCAGCCUUAAAAGACAGCUUCUACAUUGUGGCUGCUGUCGCUUUCGUGCUUGCUGUCUGGUGCUUCUUCGGUCUUCGGCAUCUGGAAGGAAAACCACGGAAGGGCUUCUCGAAUUCUUCGGCUUCUCAAGCUGAAGUUCGUGUCCUGGGCCGUUUGGGUCCUCUUGGGCAGAUGCUUCACAGCUUUCGGACCGCCGUCCUUGCCGGCUUCAAGCAGACAGAGAUCGCCAUCGGAUAUAUCGGAGGUUUUGUCGCCCGCGCUUCCUCAGUCGGCAUCUCUCUGUUCAUACCCCUUCUCGUCAACGCAAUGUUCCUCUCAUCUGCUCUGUGCGACGCUCAAGACACAAAUGGUGACCACACAGGACUUCCAGAUAUCAAGAGGAAGUGUCCGCGAGCAUAUAUUGUCGCUGCAGAAUUGACUGGCGUUACGGAAACGGUCGCGCUAGUAUUUGCACCCAUCUUCGGUUAUUGGGCCGCAAAGGCCUCCAGGAAAGAGGUCCCACUACUUGUGGCUUCCAUUGCCGGCGUCAUCGGCUAUCCCUUGUUUGCAAAUGAAUUUGACCCAGAUGAGAGAAACACGUCGAAGCGCGUCGCCGCUUUCCUGGCUGCCUCUCUCAUCGGCAUCAGCCAAAUCGGCGCCAUCGUGUGCAGCCUUGGUACACUUAGUAGGGGUGUACUUCUGGCAAGCCCUAAAACCUCACCUACUAGUCUGAGUAGUGAAGGACAGGGAAAUGGGAGACAUGCAGAUGAAGUCGACCCUCUUCUUUCAGCCGUGCCGCAAUCGACAGGGGAAACACCACUAUCGGAUUUGAAGGGUUCUAUCGCCGGCGUGUACUCGCUCUACGGGGGCGCUGCGAUUCUGAUACUAACUAAAGUGGGAGGCCUGUUAUUCGACAAAGUGUCACUGGGAGCUCCUUUCUACAUUAUGGCUGUCUUCAACGCAUUAUUGAUGGUUGCGUGUGCCUUUCUCAGCAUUCGGCAGCGAGACGAAAGAGGCCCAAUUCAAGAAGCAGAUCCCCAUGACAGCAGAUGA